CUCAGGAUACCUAGGUAAGUGUUUUCUUGUUUCCUCCUCUUUCUUUGGUGCACAGUCUGGCACGACUGAAGGUGGAUGUGUUUUUUCUCCCCCAGAUCAAGACUCAGAUCUGGGACAGGAAGAUGGCGGAGCAGGGCAUGGAGGUCGCUUACUUGAAAUACAGGUGUGGUCACUUGACUUGCGUUUUUAUGGGUGUUUCCAGGGAUGACACCCGCACUGUUUGUCGUCUAGUAGAUGAUGUGGUGUUGCAACUCUUAUAGAAGUCCUUUAUUUUUCUGUAUCCAAGACUGGACGGAAUGGGAGCAAAGAGGCUGCCUGAGGGAUACACGAGGCAGAAACCAAUGGCUGCAGGACCAGAGACGCAGAACCCUCCAAGGAGAGGGUCUUUAGUAGAUCGAGAAACUGCUGAAAACUCUGUGAAUUACAGUGGCUGUGACUGUACCAAGAAUGCAGACAAGGACAAGGCUAUUUUGUAUGCAAGAAGGCCUGGUCCUUUCCCAGGAUCGCCUUGCAGGCUGUACCCCAUGGACCACCCUUCACCACCAGUCAUGGGCUAUAGGCCACAUCCCCCUCCUCCACCAGCUCCUCCACCUACUCUAUUUGUUAAGAUGACCUGAACUGGAUGAGUGGCUGGACAACUCUUUUGAAAUUUGAAGAGGACUGUGCACGGUGACAGACUAUGGUGAUUAUAUACACAUUUUAAGAAGAUGUCAGAUCUACCUAAAUGCUUUCCCUGUCCAUCAUGUCCCCUCCAGUUUGUCCUUCCUACUGUCCCCUAAUCCAUGUUUCAUCGUUUUGUCUCUGUGUCAGCAUCUGCUUCUGGGACCAUCUACUCUCACUCUCCCAUCGAGUGCACACAGUGGGGUUCCUGUACACACAGGUAACAAAGUGGCAGAAAUGGUGGUGAUGGAGGAUAGAAGCAAGAUCACCCCUUGUGCAGGGGAGCUCGAGGGAGUUUUCCGGGGUGAUGGGAACUUCCUAUAUCUAGAUUGAUGGGGUGCUUAUGCUCAAUUAUUUUGGAAAUAAACCCUGACUCCAUGGUGACUUGGGAUCAGAUAGACAGGUAUCUGUCCUUAGGAAAUGGCUAUGUUCUAAUGGUGGAGAAGGAUGAGUGGUGGAGAAGGUGGAAAUGGUGGAGAAGGAUGACCAGCAGUGACUGUGAAGAGGAGUGAGGGUCAGACCCACGCCCAGGAUGCCAGGUCUCUGCAGACAGCACCAGGUGUAGGAGGACUCUGAGGAGCAGAGAUUUCUUGAUCAGACCCAUGAGCUACAUAAUCCUCCUGCAGUUUCCUCACUGAGCAAUGGCCAGAGCAGAGGCCAGCAGCUGGAGGACACCCUGAUCAUGGCUGGAGUGGAGCAGUGGGCCUGGGGGAUUGAGUCGGGGAAAGGGACAGGCAGAAGGUAGUGACAGGGAGUUUGAGAGACAAACGGAAGAGAAGGGACCCUUCUCUGCUGACUUCACUGACAUUUCUGUGUAACCAAAAGAGAUCCUUGUCUCCCAGGGAAGGGAAGAGGGCCGGCAAAUAGAGUGAGACAUUCUCAGCUCAACUGCCCAGGUUAUCUGCCUUGUUCUUGAGUACCUAACACAGGAAGCAUGUGCUUUCUGUCAUGAUUGGAACUGCAUCUCGUACCAUUUAGUGAAAAUCAAUCCAAUUAUGAAUCCCUCAGCAUUGAAGAACUGCAAUGAAAUUAAGUGAACAGACUGAAGAUACAACACAGGAUAAAGUCCAAAGGUAGACCGACUGCAAUACUUACGGGAAUACAGUCUAUCAGAAAAGGAGGUAGGUACCCCAGUGCAGGCAUUCGGAUACAUGGGCAAUAUCUGAAAAUGU